UCUGACAGUGCACCGCUUUCCGGCUCGCAAAUACGGAAGCAGCAUGGCGUCAAACACCGACAUCUCCGAGCGCCAAAGAAGUGCACGGCAAAGACUGAGAAUUAUAGCCGGCCAUUUGCAGCAAAGUGAGGGAAAUGAACACACGGUGUUAUCCACACAAGACUGUAAAGCCGAGACUCCAAGGUCCAGCGCUGUUAAAGUGACCGCGUUCCCGAAAAGAAGGCAAGAAAUACUGAAGUGGAAUGGCUGGGGUUACAGUGAUUCACGUUUUUUCUUUAACAAGAAAGGCCAGGCUGAGUUUACAGGCAAAAGGUAUCGGUUAAGUGGUCUGCUUCUACCCAGCCUGAAGGACUGGUUUGAGGGUACAUUUGGUGCCAACCUACAACAUAAAACCCCAGCUACAGCCAGUCUGAAUGUGAGUGCGCUCCCACCCCCGAACCUGAGCGAGCUGUUUGUGGAGGAGCUGAAGGCUGCCGGUGUGGCCCUGUCAACUGACCCAGAGGACAGAGUGUUCCGCUCUCAUGGUCACUGCCUACAUGAGAUCUUUGCCUUGAGAGAGGGGAGAAUUGGAAGAAUACCAGACAUGGUGGUUUGGCCAAGCUGUCACGAUGAUGUAGUGAAGAUUGUGGAGCUGGCCUGCAAGCACAAUGUGUGUGUUAUACCGUUUGGAGGUGGUACAAGUGUGUCCAGUGCUCUCGAGUGCCCUCCAGAGGAGACUCGAUCCAUUGUCUCGCUAGACACCUCUCAGAUGAAUCGAAUAUUGUGGAUUGAUGAGAAAAACCUAACAGCCCAUGUAGAGGCUGGCAUCAUUGGCCAGGACCUGGAAAGGCAGCUGAAUGAGAGUGGAUAUUGCACUGGACAUGAGCCGGACUCUAUGGAAUUUAGCUCUCUCGGAGGCUGGGUGGCUACACGUGCAUCAGGCAUGAAGAAAAACAUCUACGGCAACAUCGAAGACCUGGUGGUACAUAUAAAGAUGGUGAGCCCUAGAGGUGUGAUUGAGAAGAGCUGCCAGGGUCCACGAAUGUCCACUGGGCCAGACAUCCACCAUUUCAUCCUCGGAUCUGAAGGCACACUGGGUGUGGUCACCGAGGUUACAAUAAAGAUCCGUCCAGUCCCUGAGUAUCAGAAAUAUGGCUCUGUCGUCUUCCCAAACUUCCAGCAGGGUGUGGCCUGUCUGCGAGAGGUGGCUAAACAGAGAUGCUCUCCAGCUUCUAUUAGACUGAUGGACAACGAGCAGUUUCAGUUUGGUCACGCUCUUAAACCUCAAGUGUCCUCCAUCUUUACAUCGUUUUUGGAUGGGCUGAAAAAAUUUUACAUCACAAAGUUUAAAGGCUUUGAUCCCCAUCACCUGUGUGUGGCCACGCUGCUGUUUGAAGGAGAUCGAGAGAAGGUGUUGCAGCAUGAGAAACAGGUUUAUGACAUUGCUGCCAAAUUCGGGGGCCUGGCAGCAGGAGAAGAUAACGGACAGAGAGGAUACAUGCUCACCUUUGUCAUCGCUUACCUGCGGGAUUUGGGGAUGGAUUAUUAUGUGAUAGGCGAGUCGUUUGAGACGUCAGUGCCUUGGGACAGAGUUUUGGACCUGUGCAGAAAUGUAAAGGAGAGGAUAGUGAGAGAGUGUAAAGAGAGAGGAGUGCAGUUUCCACCACUGUCUACAUGCAGAGUAACACAGACCUAUGAUGCUGGUGCCUGUGUGUAUUUCUACUUUGCCUUCAACUAUAGAGGUCUCAGUGAUCCAAUACAUGUCUAUGAGCAAGUGGAGCACGCAGCCAGAGAGGAGAUUCUAGCCAAUGGGGGAAGCCUGAGUCACCACCACGGAGUGGGCAAGCUGCGGAAGGAGUGGAUGAGGGAGACUAUCUCCAGCGUGGGUCUGGGCAUGCUCAAGUCAGUAAAGGACUACGUGGACCCCAACAACAUAUUUGGCAGCAGAAACCUCCUGUAACACCACUUCUGUUUUUUGUUUUUUUUCCCCCUUCGUCGCACAUAACCCCAUUGGAAUUAAGGCAUAAUACGUGCUAAUUUUUUAUGUAUGCAAAACAAGCAGUGAUUUCUGUUUUUGCUUAAUCACUUUGGUUCAGCUUUUGAUCGGUAUCUAAUUCUGUUUAAGUACCUUACAAAUCUCGGCACAAGACUAAACACUUCCCACCCUCUCUGUCCCCUCCCACCGCCUCUCCCGCCCCUUCUUCACGUUUCAUUUAUACUGCUGUGAGAAAGGUGAAAGUUCAGACAUGACGUCUGACGAAUCCGAUUCUUUUAUUGCAUUUUUUUCCAGCUUCACAAAUCCAUCGACUGCCAAUGAGAAGUUGCCUUUUACAGAAAGUUAGGUCAAGGAAAUUGACUAUGAAACACUGAUUAUAUAAAAAUGAUGUUUGUUUACUCUCUUCCCAGUUGAACUCAUUUUUCAUCUCUUGCUGAUCUUGCCAACUUUGGCUUGAUCUAACUUUUGAUAUAUUAAAUGAACGGAUGUGUAGUUUGUGUGUGACACUACUUUAGUGUUGACUGCGUUGUGCUUUUAAAAGCAGUGUGCCUUCUUUUUCUGUCUCUGUGUGGGUGUUGGCCUUGCCCUCCUUUACUUCACUCCUUUUUUUUUUUCCUUUAAAAAAAAAAGAGUGACUCCAUUUAAACGUCAGCUGUUUCUUCACACAGCUCCUUUGUAUAUCUGCAGUUCCAUACAUCUUCCUCUUGCCUUUUCUAACAGUCUGUUCCAACUUUUUGCCAGGGUCUUCGUGUGUACACUUGGAUGUUUUAUCUACAGUCCCUUGAGAAAUUUUGAAAUGUUUGUAUAGGUGUGCCUGUUCAGUGUAAAUUGUAGGAAUCAUGUCCGUUCAUAGGAGUUCCACCUUUCUCCUGCGUAACUUGCUCUAGCAUGGUGACUGCAUCAAAGGUCCUGAUUCUUUCCUCUGUGCAGUAAAUUUGAUCAUGGAGUCCUUUGAGAGAACAGUUUGCUUUGUUAGUGUUUAAUAAUGAAGUUGUGAGACCCCUGUCCUCCUACCAAAGACAUUCAGCCUUUCAAUUCUUUGGCUAUAUGCAUUCAUACACCUGUAAAUUAUGAAUAUAUGUCCUAUAUCACAUGCAUAUAUUUGUUUAUAAAUGACCAUCUAAGAGUCACCCUGACUAUUUGUAAUUUUUACGUCUUGUUUUCAACACAACAUAUGCAAAAAAGUAAGAGAUGAUCUGUAAAUAUUAGGAUUAGGGAUUCAGGAUUAGUACUAGUUUCAUGUUUGUCCAAGCUCACAAAGAAGCCUCGCUAUGGAUGAUAAGUAGAUACUUGAUUUUCAGCUCCUGUGUGAAAAGGUGUCUGUCUGUUUGUCUGAAAGCAUCAAGUCCUCCUAAUGUCUGUAAGUUCCACAUCUUGUGUUCGUGUUACUUAUGAAUUACCUAUGAUUUGCUUUCUCAAUCAAAAUCGAUUUAUGCACUGAUUUGGCUUUUGCUCUUUAUUUUUCUCAAUCUUAAAGGAAAACUCCAAGUGUUUUUUCAACCUCAUGUCUGUCCAUUAACUGUGUGGCAUAUGUGCAGUUACUACAAACAAGUAUUUCAACACACUUGUAUAGAGAACAGAAUGAAAAGACUCUAAUUCAAAACUCACUUUCUGAAGUCUAAGGGCAGGUGUUUAAAUGAUUGUCCACCCAUAAACUUCAAUAAAUUGUACAAUCUACAAUUUAUAGGUGACAUUUGUACCUUAGAAACUAUAGUCUUUUCUCUGGAACAGUAAUUCAACAGAUUCUGAGUUUAAUAUUAAAAAACCUGAUUGAACAUUUUAAUUGUAAAUAAAUCAAAUGUAUUUUGUUUUAUUAUGUAGUGAUGCAUUCUUCCACUUGUUCCAUGCCCAGAAAAGAAUUUUCUGAUACUUGAUACUGAUCCAGUACAGUGUUUAGUACCUGAACAGCAACAAAUACUUCAGUGGAUUCGAUUUGAAAAAUGCUCACUUCAGAGUUAUGAGCUCAGUAUCAGUCCAUCUCUGUACAUUUUUUGCCCUUAGAUGUCUAAUAUGAGUGAGAUUUGAGUAAUGAGAUCUUCAGGUCUGUUAUCAAUGCAGGGAAAAUUUUCUGACUUGUCAGUGGUUGUCACAUGUACAUUAGAAAUAUGGAAGAUAGAAAAUUAGACUGAAAAAUAAAUGCUUGAGUAUUCCUUUAAGGUGAACCUAAGCCUUCCUAGUAUAUUGCUGUAUGGUGCUAGAGUAAAAUGCAAAGUUACUGAUGUCAAAUUCCUCAUUUUAAUUUUUUGUAUAAUCUCUGCCUUUCUACCAUUCUGUUGGUCCAACCAACCCUCUUGUGAUGAUUUCUAUGCAUCAUUUUCCCAUAUAGAUGAUAACGAUACUAUUUUCAACAUCUGAGUGCUUAGUCUGUCACACACUGCUUUGUGAAUCAUGUUUAAUGGAAGCUGCUGUAAAUACUUACUGAAACCAGUCUGGCUUCUCUCUGUGAAAUAUGGAAUGAAGGAAAUGUUGGGGCUUUUUUUUUUUGUCCCCCGUGAACAUUUUCUGAACAUUCUUAGCAGCCUGUUCCUGCCAUUUCACAACCUAUAAAUGUCAUGGAUGCUCCUUUUGUCAUUCUCUAGUUUCCUUGGUAACAUGUUUAACCUUGGCAUCCUUUUUGUCAGUGCUGUUUGUGCAAUAAAUUAACAUCUAAAACGUG